UAAUACGUUCAAUCAUGAAGUUAUCCUUCUCCCUGACCAACAAGGCUAAGCCAGUAGGUGCCGCUCCUUCGCUAAAACGGCCAGCAGCACUAUCAUCUUUCGAAGAGGACGAACCUGUAGAUGCAGCGCCCACUGCUUCAGAUAACCGGGAUACAGCGGUCAACAAGAAGCUGCUCGCACAGAAUGUGGGGUCUUCAAAGGCUACGAAGAAACGGAUGGACAACGAGAUGAAGGUUGACGCAACUGUUUAUGAGUAUGAUGAAGUAUGGGAUAAGAUGCAGGAAGCAAAGCAAAAGCAAAAAGAGGCCAAGGAGGUAGAUGCGAAAGCACGGAAGCCCAAGUAUAUUCACGGUCUCCUUAACUCUGCUGCUACACGGAGACUCGACUAUCUACGUGCGGAGGAAAAGAUGAUACAGAGAGAACGGGAGGCCGAAGGGGAUGAAUUUAACGACAAGGAGGCUUUCGUAACUCAGGCUUACAAAGAUCAGAUGGCAGAGGUGCGACGAGCUGAAGAGGAGGAAAAGAAAAGAGAUGAACUAGAGAGAAAGAAGAAAGGUGACUCUUCCACGGGCAUGGCGCAUUUCUAUCGUAAGCUGCUAGAAGAAACGGAGCAGAAACAUGAAGAGACUGUAGCAGCAACAUCGUCUCAAAGCAAACCAGUCAAGGGGCCACAAGGUCCUACUCCUAAUUUAACUAUCACAAAACCUCCGAACUUCACGACCAAAUCCGACUUGGAACUAGCGCGAUUAGCACGAGAACAAGGAAAGGACGUGGAACUGAACGAUGACAACCAAAUCGUCGAUAAACGUGAUUUGCUAUCUGCAGGUUUGAAUUUAUCUGCUCCGAACACUCGGCGGCUGGGAUUACAGAAAGCAACUGGGACAGCAAAAGAUGGACAGACAGAGGAGGUUCAAGCACAUCGUGCUGUUGGUACGGCGGCGAGUAGGAGAGAAAUCAACGAGCGGCGGGCUAGGGAUAUUCGUCGACAGGUUGAAGAGGAAGAAGAAAGAAUGGCGAAGCAGAGGGAACUUGAAAAUCAAGAGGCUAUACAACGGGUGGUGAUGAAACGGAAUACUCGGGAUGAUAUAAUGAGCGCCCACGAGCGAUACCUAGAGAGAAAGCGUCGGAAGUUGGAGGAGGCUGCUGCAGCAAAUGUUCCACCAGAACACUUUACACCAGAGGUAGCACAAUAGUCGUCGUUGUAGGUGUGUGUACGGAACUUAUGCAGAGCUAAUUUAGUGUAUCAAAGAGAUAGGUCCAUGAUGUUUGUUCUUUGGACAGUGCAUCAUGACAGCGGUCAUUUGAAGAUGAUUCUCCGAGUAGGUGUCACCACUGAGGGGUGCAAUAUGCUAGUCGAUCCUUCGCUAUUGUCGUUACUACACGUCGAAACGCUUGGAGAACAGUGGCUGUAGAAGGCCUUUUGUCAGGAUUAUCAUUCAACAUCGCUUUGGUAAUAUCUG